CCCAACAAGUUGCAUCCAACCAAAUCUCUCUCUCUCUCUAGCUCUUCAUCUUUCUCUUGAUGAAUGUCAUCACUUUUGAAAGAGGGUUAUAUGUUGAUGAUCUAGUGUGAUCUCAUAGGAAGAUUGAUCAAAAACCAGAAACUUGGUGGAAGAAGAAGAAGGAAUGGAAUGGAUUAUGCAAUUUUAAUACUACCAUAGUAUUGAAUUAGCAGAACUUGAUGAUAUUUAUUUAUGAAAGUGGCCGCGGGUAGUCUUCGACUAUAGAGCUAGGUACCAGCAAGAGCUAUAGCGAAAAAGAUCAAAAUGGUAACCGAUCAACAAAGAGAAGAACAAAUAUGUGAAGAUGAAAACCAAAACAGUAGCAGCUGGAGUGAUAAUCAAGUACUACUUCAAGUCACAUCAGCAACAACAUCUCCUCCUCCUCGUCGUGGUAAAAAAAGGUCAUUGUCGCCAUGCUUUGAUUUGAAUGAAGAUGCUAUGAUGAUGAGUACAGAUAUUAAUGAUCAAAUGGUUAAUACAAUUGAUCAAGAAGAAGAAGACGAUGAGAACAACGAUUCCAUGACGCGAGAAAAUUCGUUAAGUAGUAGUAACAAUAACAGUGAAGCUAAUAAUAAUAAUAACGCUGUGGAAACAGGUAGCUGCAGUGAUAGAACAACAACAACGACAGUUCGACAGUACGUUCGAUCCAAAAUGCCUCGGCUUCGUUGGACUUCUGAUCUUCAUCAUUAUUUUAUACACUGUGUUGAAAGACUUGGAGGUCAAGAAAGAGCAACUCCAAAAUUAGUUCUUCAGUUAAUGAAUGUCAAGGGACUAAGCAUCGCUCAUGUUAAAAGCCAUUUGCAGAUGUAUCGGAGUAAAAAGCUUGAUGAGUGUGGCCAAGUUUUAUCUCAAACGAAUAUGCAAGGAGGCCAUGAUCAAAUGUACUACCACCACCAUAGAACAAGCCACUCGCAGCAGCAGCCCUUCAGAAUAGACAACUACAAGAACUUUGUUCAAGCCCAGAAUAUGCAUGAUACUUUGCCAAAUCAUUUACAGUAUCCCCUCUCCCAACAACAACAGUUUGACCACAGAGAUAGCUGCUAUCCAAGGCAUCAAGAAUGGGGAUUCAGUCAAAACAAUCAUCGAAUGAAACCAAUCCCAGUACAAGCAGCAGACAAAGGUAUAGGAAUAGAACAAGCCAGUCAUGGCAUGAAGAUAUCGUCACACUUGUUCGAUUUAAGAAAUGCAAUAUCAUGGAAUGGGCCUAUUAGGCCCAAUCGGUUUCUUGAGGAGAAGAAAUGGCCUCCAAGGCAAAUGAUGACUUCUGUCAAUACCAUGAGUUCCUUGAGUUUGGAACUCAACAACGACAACAACACUGAUAAACGAUUUCGAUCCGACUCAAACUAUCAUAGAAUCAGUUCCAAUAGCUUUCAACAUCCACAGUUUGGGCUUGAUAAGUUGACAACCGUGCUAGCAAAGGAACGAAGAGAUGAAAUGGUGGAGAACAUUGACAUCAUGAGUUCAAGUUGCAUGGGAGAUAAAAGAGAGCAAGAAUGUAUCCCAAACUUGCAGCUGAGUUUGAGUCCGAAUCAACAAAAUAGCGAUGAUUUCUUCAAUAACAACAACAACAGCGAACUCGAGAGUAGCACAAUAACUAGAACAAAAGAUCAAAUAAACACAGCGCUUUGUCUCUCUUUAUUUCCUACCAAUGAAGAGACAAAUGAACAACAGCAGCAGCAGCAACAUACAGAUCGUAACAGUAGUACUAGUAAUCUUUGGUGUUUACAGAGGAACAGUUGUAGUAGUAAUAAUAACAAUCAGCAGGCUUCAGUGAGAGGCUGAGUACUUUGGGUCUGACCAUGCUUGUUAUAUCGACAGCAUUGGAGUGAGAUCUUGUAAGUACUUGCCUUAAGAGAGCCCCAUCAAAAUAAGAAAUAAGAAGUAGUAUGUUACAUUUAUUUAUCCCUUAA